AGCAGCAUCAAUGGUAACAGUAGCACUAGUAGUACUAGCAGCACCAGUAGUACUAGCAGCACCAGCGCCAGCAAGGGCAGUGUGGCCCGAAAGAGGACAGCAUCAACCGCGGCUGCAGAACAAGAAGGAGCUCCAAGGCGCAAGCGUGCGGCCAAUGCGGCAUCAGGGCAGGAAUCGGCAACUAGCCAGGCCCCAGGAAGUGCCUAAACCCCAUCUCAACCAUAAAUGUGUUCGCAAGCACAUUUAAAAAUGAUCGUUGGUGCGUUUUUAAUGCUCCAACGGAGACCAUGUCCCACUGCGCUACUGCUGCUACUGCUACUGCCCCCAGCUUCUAUGUGUGGUCUUGCAUCUAGCAUCUA